AUGGAGAGAUGUUGGAGGGCCAAGCUGGCCUUGAAUCCGAAGAAAUGCAGAUUUAUGGUACCGCAAGGAAAGUUGCUGGGCCAUAUUGUUUGCAAGGCUGGAUUAAAAACUGACCUGGAUAAGGUACGGGUAAUUGUGGAGAUGGAGUCGCCCAUUGAUGUGACAGGAGUAAAGUCCUUCUUGGGACAUAUAGGAUAUUACCGGAAGUUCAUUAAGAACUUUGCUCAACUUUCAUUCCCAUUGGACAAGCUGACACAGAAGGGUGAACCGUACGUGUGGGGACCAGCACAGGGGGAAGCAUUUGAUGAACUCAAGAGGAGACUGGUGGCUACACCCAUUCUGGCCUAUCCAAACUGGGACUGA